AGGAUGCAGCAUGAACCUCGGUGCCCCGCACUGGGAGCUCGCGAGCCUCGGCAGGGGGACUACGACGACGACGAAGCGGGUGUUGUUCAGGUGCUUUCGCAUCAGAUCGUCCUCGAUACACGCAACGUCGUCGCGCGCGUCGAGAACUGCCGUCGCCGCCGGCGUCGUCGCGCUCACUCGGAAGUGGCGCACAACACCUGGCACAGCGGGGACAGCGACAGCAGCAACAGCAGCAUCAGGGAGAGAAGGCACCGCCAGGCCGUCGAGAGACACGAGGUGGUGCAAGAGGUGCAGGUGGCGCGGCAGGAGGAAGAAACGGAAGCGGAGGUGGUGGAUUAUUACGAGCGCGUUGCGUUGCCGUUGUUGCUGUCGCCGUCGAGAGAACUCCUCGCCGGUAUUGUCGUCGUCGCCGCAACCACCGCAGCAGCCGCGACUAUUGCAGUCGCCGCCGUCUCGGUCGGCCGUGGUACGCUGGUCCAGGGGAACUUCUAAGGGCCCCGCCAACCCGGGCCGCUCAGGCAGGUACCUGGGCAACUGGUCCGGGAUACGCACGAGCGGGGCUGACAUCAUCGAACAGCGGGGAUACCCCGGCGAGUGGUCGCUCGCCGACAGGGCGACGGGGUGGACGACGGCGCGAGUUUGCCCGUUACCGCGGAGACGAGGGACGCGAACGAGAAGGGAAACGAGAGGAGAGCGUUCCGGUCGAGAGCGGAGAUACGUCGAGGCUCCAUCACCCGUCCAGGAAAGCGUUGACGUGUAUCGUCGCUGCACAGUGGAGAGGAAGGGUGAGGAAAAUCUGGCGCGAGUUAUCGAGUGGCGGAAGAAUAUCUCCGAUACAUCUCCGAGGAAACAGUCGGGAGCAGAGUCGCCCGAACGGUCACGUUGCGCAGCGUUGCUGGCGUCCUGUCUCGGCAGACGUACCGGAAAUAACGGUAGCGGCUGCAUCGCGGGUCGCUCCGCGAACGGCGUUUCGGGAGCACCAAGAGUCGAGUGUCAGCGCGUACCGAGAGACGGGCCUCAGAUUUGGUGGCAGCGAUGCGGGGCCUCCUGCAGCAGCCCGGCUGCGACACGGAUCCUCUACGCAACGAGUCCAUCGCGAGUCAUCCUUUUUGUCAUCAGCCGGCGUGCGCGAUACCGUGGAAAGGGGGACAGGAGCAGCGAAAAGAUCGGUCGGUUUUGGCAGGGGAAGGUGGAGCGCGUCGCAUCGUACGGCUACAAACGUGCGCGCCGAGGAACGUCGACGAGGGGGAGGAGGAGCGCGACGACGACGACAGGACGUCGGGGACGUUAGCGUCCCCGAUUAUCCCGUCGCGCCCAUGCGGCUCGACCCGUUCGGACUCACGGGACCACCUACGUCGAAAAAAUGGAGAGGGGCGGAGAGAAGGGAGCAGAAAGAGGAGAAGGAACAGCAGCUCUGGUUAUCGUCGUCGUCGUCGUCAUCAUCGACCUCGUUCGUGGAGUGCAUACGGUCCGACGACGGUGGCGUAUUCGCCGCGCAGCACCAUCACGAAGCCCGAUAUUACGGGCACGGACCCGAUAAGAAAGCCGGAACUGCCACUGCCUUUCGCAUCUCUCGCGAUUCCGCUUCGCGCGGCGAGGUGCGCGCGCGCGCACGUGAUCAUCACGAGGACGGGGAUGAUAAUGAUAGCGACGUGUUGCGCGCGCGGACGCGCAUUGUUCGCGAUGAUCGUCCGUCGCCGCGACGACGGGCCCCGCGAUUCGCUCGAAGAGCAAGAAGACGAGGGAACGGAGCGAUCUCCGAGGAAGGGUCCGACGUGGCCACCUCGGCCGUUUCUUUCGUCGACGUGCAUGCUUACACUGCCUAUAGCGAUGACAGAGACGACGAUGACGAUGGAGAAAAUGACGACGACGAUGACAACGAGGGACGUGCGCACUGCGAGCGAAAGAGAGUCCACGGUGGGUCCCAUGGAGCCACGGGGGAGACCUAUGACGAGUACGAGGAAGACAAAAACGAUGACAAGGCGCGUAUUAGUGUUUCGUAUAAUCCGCGCGACGAAGACGCGAACAAGAACGCGCCUCGCGAGGACUACAUCCGCACCGAGAUGGAUGCGAGUAAUCGUGGUGUAUUCAAGAGUGAUGAAUGGGCAUCGCGGUCCUCUUCGUUUGACGGGAAGAGGGAUCGCGAACGCGUCGAUGGCUACGAUUGCGAGUACCCGACAGUGGACGAGGUGUUUGACGGGGGAAGGAAGGAAGGAAGAUGUAGCGAUAACACUGCCUGGUUCCAAAAGCCAAUUACUAGGAGAAAAGGAAGAGGCGGAGGAAGAGAAGGGAGAGGAACAGGGGACAAGCCGCGUGUACGCAGAAGCUAUUACAGGCUGCUGCUGUUCGUGCUGUAUCUUCUGGCGUGGCCCCUACUGUGCUCGAGCAGUCCCUCGGGUCACCCCGCCUCGACUUUCGCGCAGAACCCGACCCUCGCGCACACCAAGAAUCCCGCGCAACGAGGUAACGCCACGCCGCCGGACACAUCGUUGUUCUCGUCGACGGUCAUCGAGCACCAAUACCAGCAUUCGCAACAAUACGUUCAGGGUAGCGAUCACAAUGCCGAUAGCGAGCAUCAUCGUCAUCACCAGCAACAGCAGCAGCGACAGAAAGAAGAGCGACAGGAACAGUCGGAUCAAGAGGAGUCCGAGCAGCGGCACCCCUACAACGAAUACUCUUGGGAGGUGAACCAAAUGAAUCCCUGGCUGUCGGCUUGCGAUCUGGCGGGACCAGCGCCGACCGAUCUUCAGGGUAGUUGCGGAGCGCCUCCACUGGAGGUGCCCAAGCACUGCCCGAAACCGUGCAAAAACGCUUCCGAGAUGAAGAAGAACUAUAAUAUGAAGAUUAAUUGGGGGGUCGAGGACGGAGGCGAGAGCGGCAGUCGACAUGGUGAUAAAUAUAGCACCGAUGAAAAGAAGGAGAAGAAGGAACAGUGCCUUUUAUAUCUCGAGGAAUCUGACAAGAAGAUCAUCUGUCAAACGAAGAGAGAAGACAGGAAGAAUACUCCAAGUGAUCUGCUGCUUCGGCUGCGUCUACGGCACUGCUGCGAGCACCCGGUGUUCAACGCCCUGGCGCCGGGCAAGGACGGUCCGCUCGAGAACGUGCUGAAAGGCGGCGAUGAGUGCAAUAAUACCUUGGACAAGCUGUUGCUCGUUGAUGCCCUGGCCGCGAGGCUGCUUUGCGAGUUCGAAGAGGUACUGGCGCGCUACGAUUGCGCCCAGCCGUACUCCGUCAUCCACAACUGCACCCAUUGCAAGGAGGCGUAUAGGAAAUGGGUGUGCAGCUCCCUGGUGCCUUACUUUGCUCACAGGAAUCCGAAAGACGUGAAAAUCUCGGAGGGCAGCUGGAUCGGCCCCAGAUUAAGGCCCUGCCGAUCCAUUUGCCAGACCGUGGAGGAACGUUGCCCCUACUUUCUUCCGGGCGAUCGUGCCCCCGCAUACCCCACACAAUACGCCGGCGAACCCACUUUUCUUUGCAGAGACCCGAACAUCCCCGAGAUCGGCGAGCAGGCCGCGAGGGCAAUGCACAGCAUCAGCGACGAAGAGUGCUGCUUCCACGAGAAUUGCGAGGACGCUAAUGACGGUAUCUGCCCCAAGAAAGACGUCUGCAAGAAGCUGUGGAAACAUCACAAGGCCCACGACCCCGGGACGGCGCCCCAAUGCGAUAUGAACUUCUCUCAAUCUGGUUCUACAGGUCCGGGCUCGCAGGCGGGCCAACCGGAAACGUCGACGGACCGCAAGCUCACCGACGGCAGCGACGAGCAGGACACCAGCACCGCUCCUUCCUUGUCCAGCACCACGACACCUUCGACCAUCACCGUCGGCCAAAAGGACACGGCGUUCUGCGGCAGCGGCCGCAUCGGCUCGAUAUCGAGCGCGUCCUCGCCCGGCCGACCGAGCCCGCCGAUUGUCCUUCAACUUUUCUGGCUCUGUUCGAUCCUGAUCACCCUCCCUGCGAACGCGCUGCAGUACAACGCCGUGUCCUGGAGUCCCUCUGGAUUCCUCCGGCUGAUCGGUUCCGGCCUGCACCUUUCGGGCGCAUUCGACCUGAGGAGGGUCCUCGGCGAUCUUUGCGUUUCCUUCGGUCCACGCUCGACCGGCAUCUACCGGCUUGCCGUCGUGCGUUGCCUCCUGUUCGUCCUCGGGAUGCCUGGACGGGCCGUGAUGAAGUGCCGUUGUCGCGGAUGGUGGUGGUGGAGGUCCUGGAGGAGGUCCAGCAGCCGGCACUUCCGCUGGAAAUUCCUCCGUCGUUUCGGCGCCGCGGCCCGGCGGUCCGUCUUGCGCGUGUCGAUUGCUAUCCUCGAGAUAUUCCUUAAGUACGCGGCAAAGUAUCGGUGUCGCGACUGGUGGUGGUUGUGGCGUCGGUGGCGAAAGUGCGACGGUUCGACGGAGCAGUACACGAAGCUUGUCCCUCGGAGGAAACAUCCGGCGACUCGCGGGACGGCACGUCGACGACGCGGCAGAAGAAGAGAUCUCUUCAGAGUUCUCAGAACGGACGUCGGAAACUCGGCCGGAUCGAUAUCCAGGAAGGAUCCGCCAUAGGGUAGACAGCUUCGCUUUCCUGGAUACGCAGGAUCGUACGGGUUUUCUUCUAUCGCGGGCUAUCCGCGAGAGCUUGUCUCCACGGUGCCGGAGUAAGCGAGAAGCACGCAGACUCGAUCGAAGCGAAACUCGAUUGAGGACAGAUCGACGCAGCGAAACGUCGGACGAGCAAGUAUACAAAGGAUCAGGGGGGACGUCCCCGGAAUAUUGCACGGGUAGAAAGAACACCAGCGCUGCGAGGAAGUAGCGAAGGGAUCCAAGGAUCAAGUGGAGGAGCGCGGGCCGGUCUCGUCGACGACUUCGGUUCCGCAGACUAGAGCAAAAGAGGGAGGAAAGGGAGAACAACAAAGAACAACUUCAUCAACCAAAAUAAGAACAACCUAGAACGAAGGAAACUAAUGUCUAGAGUUAAUAAUAAUGAUAAUAAUACAAUAAUAAUGAAUAAAACAAAAUAAAAUAAUAAAUAAUGAAUAA